GCCGCCGCGGCCCGUCGCUCCCGCCCCCGCCGGGAGUCCGACGUGGAAGUUGCUGGCGGAGCGGACUUCCAAGGGAUCCGCCUGGAGCCGGAGCCGGAGGCCGGAGGCCGGGGCGAGCAGGGGUAACGGCGCCGAGGCUCGAAUAGCAGUCGCUGCCGAGGCCGGGGCCGGUCUCUGACCACCGACGAGGGCGGACAGGCGGUUCAUCAUGGGUGGCUUUUUCUCAAGUAUUUUUUCCAGUCUGUUUGGAACCCGGGAAAUGAGGAUUUUAAUUUUGGGAUUAGAUGGAGCAGGAAAAACUACAAUUUUGUACAGAUUACAGGUUGGAGAAGUCGUUACUACUAUUCCUACUAUUGGAUUUAAUGUUGAGACAGUAACAUACAAGAACCUUAAAUUCCAAGUCUGGGACUUAGGAGGACAGACAAGUAUCAGGCCAUACUGGAGAUGUUAUUAUUCAAACACAGAUGCAGUCAUUUAUGUAGUAGACAGUUGUGACCGAGACCGAAUUGGCAUUUCCAAAUCAGAAUUAGUUGCCAUGUUGGAGGAAGAAGAGUUGAGAAAAGCCAUUUUAGUGGUGUUUGCAAAUAAGCAGGACAUGGAACAGGCCAUGACUCCCUCAGAGAUGGCAAAUUCACUUGGGUUACCUGCGUUGAAGGACCGAAAAUGGCAGAUAUUCAAAACUUCAGCAACCAAAGGCACUGGCCUUGAUGAGGCAAUGGAAUGGUUAGUUGAAACAUUAAAGAGCAGACAGUAAUUCAAUCACUUGUGCCCCUGUGAAAUGAAGCUACAUCACAUAUUCCUUUGGAAGCAGUUAAGUAUGCUUCGUGCUACUAAAUGUUAAAACUGUGUGAUUGUUGGUAUAUACUGAACUGACUACAAUACUUGUAAUAAAUAUAAAAAAUAAGUAUUUGGUUGGAAGGGUAGCUCACCCAUGAUUGAACCAACUGAAUGUUCUGUGUAAUGUAAAAUCCUUCCUUGCUUUUUUGUGUUAAGUAUAUAUUCUAUUUGUAUGGAAUUCAUAUUCAAAUAGAUUCCUAUUAAAGAAUGUACUCUUAUUGAGGAAAAACCCUCCUAUUUUUGAAUUAGUGGUUGCAUCUUGUAUGUAUAAACACUAAUAAAUAUCUUAACAGAU